AUGCCGUGGGUUACAGGGGUUUCUGGGUUGGUGGAGGAUUUGAGAGGAUGGGAUGCUACACGUCGCAUUGCCUGGCUAGGCAUUCGUGUUUGCUUGAGUCCUAAAGAGUCAGAUAUCCGCCACCUCCUCCUGCGUGUCUCGUAUGACAUGCUGGAUAGUUCUAUUGUGGAACGUAUUCUCACCAUCACUCCUCGCAUGAGUCUUGUGAUGCUUCCUCUGUUUGAUCCCGCAUGCUGCAUGUUUCCCGCACCAUGGCUGCACUCCUUUCUCACUUUUCCUGAGAAAGCACGCUUCCUUCAAUGUGGGUGCCUUGCCUGCCUUGUCGGUCUUGAGAAUGAUGACUUGUGCCGUCUCAGUAAGACAGUUAUUGAGCCGCUGUCUGAGGCUGUGCGAGAGUGGGAUGCUAUAGGCUUUUGCACAGACUGUGGCCGUUACAGGCUUUGCAUCUGUGAUCGUCUGACUGGUUUCAACGAGGUCGAAGAGGAGUAG